AAGACUUGAGCCAAUCCUGGGAUUCAUUGAGUCCUGAGAUGAAGGCAUUGGAGUCUAAGGUAUCGCUAAUUGUAUCUGUUUUUACUAUCCAUUGGAUCCACGAUAAGAGCCGACUAAUGCAUGUCGUGAGCAAACUAUUGGCCAAAAACGGGGAAUUUGUUGCCUAUUAUGUGCGGACACCAGAUAUCAUGUCAAUGAUAACCAGCGAACAGAUAACUCAGUAUAAUAUUAAAAGACAAACCACUCCACAAUACCACACACGUCUGGAUCACCUAGCCAAUUUAAAUGGACCUAGCAACUUUGGUCCCGCAUUUCAUGUGGAGGACAAGACAUCGCCGGCGUUUGCAUUCAUGAAGAAUAUAAUGUUUGACAUAGCGUUACGUCCGGACGCGACUGCUCUUAACCCUCGCGCCUACGACCAGUUGGCCGACAAAUGGGACCCAAACGGACCCAUUGUUCCCAUCUAUGUUCACGGCAUACACUUAAUGAGUUAUAAACUAUAAUUGUUUAUUAGUUAGUUAUAAU